UUGAAAACGUUCAAAUUAGCAAAAAUAGCAAAAAGACACAAAGGCUGUGGCAAAAACAAAAAUUUGUUUAAAAACAAACAAAUCUCGUAGAAACCAACGUACAAACCUUCCUGUUACACAAACAACAAAAAUUCUUCUACAAUAAUUCUGAAAAUGUCUGAAUACGAACCAAUUAAACCCGGUGAUUCAGUCUCAAGCGACCAUCUUCAAGAUGCCCUCUUCACCCCAGAACACCGGCAGAAAAUGAGCAUAACCGUGAUGGCCAUAUCAAGUGUUAUGAUAGUAGCCCCGCUCUUGUGCCACUACGUGAAAUCCAAAGCAUUCGAACUCAGCGCCCAACUGGUGGCGAUGUACAUGGGCGUAAUCACAGCAGUCAUAUUCUAUUGGUAUCCACUGGACAAAUUCUCGGGUGUUAUGGUCAGUCCGUACAACAUGCUGACCAUCUACUACACCUUCAUGAUGGUACGAUUUGUCUACCCAAUGGACACGUAUGUUUUCCGCAAGUCUCUUUCACAUAUCCUACUCAUCGGCGUGCUCGGCUGGCUUGUAUUUGUAAUAUGUUUUGGAUUUCUACUCCUUACCUUUGCUGGAGAGUUGACCACACUGACAUUUACAAAAUUAUGCUUAAUAGGAGUGCUGUUUGCACCUUUGGAACUUCCAAGCGUGUUGUUGAACAUGGAACAGAUGAAACACAUUCGUGUAGUGAUGAUGAGUGAAUCUAUCAUUACUUCUAUUCUGUCAAUACUUUCUUUGAAUCUAUUAUUUGGUGAUUUGAAAGGAUUGUUUAUCUAUUGGUACCAACCUGUACUGGUUUUCAUGAGACUAUUCCUGGGAGCUAUUGUAUUAGGCAUUGGUUUAGGUUUUUUGUCUGCGUUGAUAUUUUCAAAGUACUGCAUUAACUUCGCGUGGACAUUACUAUCGGUUAUGACCACGAAUUUUAUGCUGUACCAUAUUACACAGUUUGGAGUGAGCUGUAGUGGAGGAUUAAGUUGUUUCAUCGGCAUGCUUUUGAUAAGCCAGAAAAGAAUCAUGAUUCCACAACAUAUUGAUAAAGAAGUGGUUGUUUUAAUCGACGUGAUCUAUUAUAUCAUGUCGAUUGUGACUACUUUUUUAGUUGUGUGUAACACACUACCACAGUUUUUGGAUUCUUUCACUGUCAUGACGACUGCGGUCUCACUUGCGUUGUACAUUUGUGCAAACGCCUGCAGAUUAGUGUUUUUCAUUAGUAUUUCUCCAUUGUUGAGCCGCUGGGGAUAUGGGAUGAAUUUUAAAUCUCUUGUUACAAUGGUGUGGUGUGUAAAGAAAGGUCCACUGCCUUUUAUAUUGCUUUCUGUGGUGGUGUUUGAAGGUUUUCAUGAAGUUGUACCUAAAAAGACACUUGUGUUAGGAUUGAAUUAUAUGUUUUUGAUAAAUGCACUCAAUGAACUCUCAUCUUGGUCAAUACUGAAAAAACUGGGACUUGCUGGGAAUGAAUUUCUUUUGGCAAGGGCUAAUGUGAAGAAUGCUUUUAAGAUUAUUGAGAAGAUUAGGGAUGAACAGUUGGCUAUCACACGAAUGAACCGGUAUUACAACGAUGCCAAUUGGAAAAUUAUAAUCGGAAGUUCAUUAAUCAGCAGUAAAAUAGCAAAUGACGAUGAUACUCUCACGUAUGAAGAUGGAUUGACUUUUGAAAAAAUGCAGCCGUUUUGUAACAACUGUCAGAUUGCGGUUGAACAUGAGCCAUCCAAAAGAGAAUACCAAGAUAAAUUAGACGAAGUGAAUUUGAGAGUGCUACACGCAGUUCGAGUAUCAUUCGUGCGACAAUUUGAUUGUGGUUUUAUUGAUAUUGUUGUACUAAGAGCACUUCUACGUAUUCUCGACGAAGCUUUAGAUUCCAAAGAUCAUACAAUGAAGUUUGAGCCCGUCCUUGCACAACUUCAAGAGAAACAUCACAAUAAAUACUAUGAAGGACUCAGAAAAAGACUGUUCAUUCACAAUAAGAAACAGUUUAAAAGACGCUACGUCCCACGAUACCCACGGUGUUAUAGAAUAAUGACAAAUGUCUACUUUAUGGCAUUCUUCGAUUUCCUUACAUUGUUACAAUUUUGUCUAUCAGCUAGCGGAGCUUUAAAUCAUAGACAUUUUUUCAUGGCGUUUCUAACGAUAGCACUUAUUUUAUACUUCGUUGAAUUUGCUGUAAAAAUUUUCGCGUGUCAAUCUAUAAACACAAAAGAUGGAUUUCAUCGAUAUAUAAAGCCAUUUUGGAACAAAUUUGACUUUAUAUUGUUACUCUACAGUAUAGUCGACUUCCUUCUUUGUAUACUCAUCGAUUACUUCUAUAUAUAUUUGAAAGAAAAGAGUGUGUUCUACCGGGUGAGAUUGUUUAUACAUGGUUCACUUCGUAUGGCUCGCAUUUUCCGAAUAUUCCGAUGGACCACUAGAAUACGACAAUAUAUAUUAAGAAGUUAUGAUGAACGUACCGAUGCUAAACUUCGUUAUGUCUACGCCAUUGGACGUGGACUUGUCACUAGCUAUGAAGAUGUAGACGAUAUUUUGAAUACACUCACAGAUGAACCGAAAAUAUCGAAAAAUGUCCGGCUGAGACUCCAGACUGAUCGUAAUAAAAUCGCUAAAGAAUUGGGUUUGAUUGAGAUGACGCGGCCAUUGUUAAUCAUGGCGUUGAAAACACGUCAAGGGUUGAUGUGUACGAUGACAACCAUCCACAAUGCGGCGAAACAAUUAUCUGUCGAUGGACUUCUGGACGCUGAUGAGUACUUGGAAUUGAAUGAUGUGAUUGCCGACAAGUGGGAAGCUGUUAAUAAGAUAAAAACCAUUCCGAAUCCAAGCCCCAAGAGUAUUUUAGCUGAAAUUGUUUGGUUGGAUGGAGAAGAACAUGUGUUUAAGUUUCUGUAUGAAAAGGUUAAGUUGAUUGUGUGGGAUACAGGCGAUGUGAUUUAUUCAAAGGGAGAUGUUGCUGAAGGUGUUUAUGUAAUUGUCACAGGAAUGAUUAAAGUGGUUUACAAUCCUACCAAGGAAAUGUUGGAUAAUCUUCAUAUGGAUGGUUUACUGCCGAUUAAGGAUAUGAUUCGUCAACCUUUGUUUGAUUUUCCUACUGAAGAAUACAUUUCUAUUGGGAGUAGUAUUGGGGAGUUGUCGGUGAUGACCGGGCGGCCAUAUUGCUGUGAUGUGUACGCGGAAAUACCCACACAGGCUUUCAUUUUGACAAAAAAAUGUUAUUGCUGAAGCUAUGGCGUUGAGUAUUGAUCCAAUUAAUGGAUUAUUUUCCCGAAUAUGGACACAUAUAGUUUACAAAUUUGUAAAGCUUAUGCUUAGAGAAGUACCAUUGUAUUCGGAUAUUAAGUGGGACCAAAUGAAUGCGUUAAUGGCGCGUUCUUUUAUUGCCAAAAUGGACGCGUAUACAAUAUUUCGUGCGAAUGAUAAUAUUGAAGAAAUUGUUUUAGUUGAAGGUACACUUGCGGAUUAUGUUACUCAAGAAGUGUUUGUUGCCCCGUGUAUUAUACCAAGGGGUUCACCGGCUUUGAUUGUAAUCGAUACUCGCACACCGAAUUCGUUGGGUUCAAAGGCGAAAGUUUUCAUUGUGCCUAAAGUGGAUAUGGAUCCAUAUGAAGUUAUGAUAUUUUCAGAGAUUAUAUCAGACCUGUCGUCUAGCGGUUCAGUUGCAUUGAUACUUCUGCGUCAAGUGAUUGUUUCCUAUUUAAACAUGAAAACUUCCGCAAAUGGCAGAAGAAUCGACGUAGCAUGCCUGCUGGACUAUGGAGAAGUUCAGGAAGCAUGGCGAGGCAAAAACUAUCUGUGAAUCAAAUUUUGCUUCAAUCUAUGGAAAAAAUGAAAAGCCAUAGUGAUGUAUUUUUAAAAGAUGAAAGUAAAGACGAUGAAGAGGAUGAUCGGCCAUCAGAAUCGGAUUUGAUAUCACAGGGAAGAGUAAAUAUGAACAUGAUUAAACGCAUACGUAAACGAACUCGACGUUGAUUCAUAUUAUCAUUUAGUGUCUGACCUUUUUGGUUAAUAUUCAUUCAUUUUAUAAAUUGUGCAAUAAUACGUUUAAUUGACGCUAUUAUUUAUAUAAAAAUUAGUUUGUAUUGAACAUAUUGUUUCUGGUUUAGUGUUAAACUGAAAAUGCUGCAAGAACUGUUUCUUAUUAAUACAACAGUACAAUAUUCUCUUAA